CGAGUAAUAAUAUGUUCCAUCUUCUAUUUUUCAGGAAAUCCAGCUAACGAAAUUGUCAAUUUAAUAAACACGAAUCGCACAGCAAUCAAGCUACCGAAACUCCACGACAGUCCCGGACUUGGUUGCAUGGCUUUGCAGUAUAUAUCAGAGUGCCUGGGCAACUGCAGCAAUAAUAACACGGUGAACUGUAAUCCGCCUGAAAUCGACAUUACCGAAGUUUAUGCUCCCAAUUGCGGGGUAGAGUUGCCGACGCUCGACACUAUAUCCGGCCGUCUCGUGGCGUGUCAGCAAAAGUAUCUUCAAGCAGAGGAACCAUUCUUACCCAUUCUUUUCCGGGACAAGAGAACACUCUCACUUCUCCACAGCAAAGAGCACACUGAAGUCGGAGUGGGGUUUAACAGAGCGCAUCAUGGGGCAUUCUUCUGGUGUGUUUUGUUUAGCAGCGGGAGAACUAACUCGACUUUCGUACUCGAAAGUGGAAGCGGGAUUGCACAGAGAAGCGGCUGUUCUAGCGGAGCGAAUGUUCAGUGCAGUGCAGGAACAAAGUUCUUGCUGAUAGGACCAUCUGUUGUAAUCACAUUUUCUAUUACACUUCACUACAUUACUGCUGUGAUAGUGUUUUAGGGAGAGAGUAGAAAUGUUAAGGCCAAAUUAGGCUUUAUCUUAGGUACUUUUGAGGCCAAUUUUUGGGUGUCUUCCAAUUUGAAGUAAAACAUUGUAACUUCCACUUUUGUCCAUGCAGUUUGCUAAGCUGAGUUAAACAUACAAUAGAUUGUUGCUUCGCGUGACGUAAUUGUUAUAUUUGUUGAAUAGUGAAUUCAUUUGUAUUUUCUGUACUGUGGAACUUUUAUUUUUCCCUGUUACAAAAGUAGGCAUAACAAUUGCUUCUCAGAACAGUUGGCUGCUUGGCUUUCUUUUCUCAAAUAGGUGUAUAAUGAACUUUGAUAAAUAGUUAUGGUGAAUAUUAUCAUACAUGAUCAUCUGAAGCUGUAAAUAUAAA